AAACAGUAUUACAAAACAGUGUAAACUAUGUGAGAUUACACGCCCUUUUGAUCUCUAAACAAAGCUAUAUUAAGUUACAGCUGCCCUAUAAAUGCGGUAGAGCUGAAACUGAUUUACUGAGUCUUCAGAACGUACCUUCGGAGUUUUCUGCUGCUAAAACGCAGGAUCCUUCUGUGCUGUCUGCUAAAGGAGAAAGCUUGGCUAACACCAUGAGUAUCACUGACCCAGUCACAAUACUGUCUAUUAUUCUAUGUGUUUUCGUGGCAAUACUUUACUAUGGACGCAAAAGAAACAUUUAUCACAAUUUCCCUCCUGGUCCCACGCCAUUACCUAUCAUCGGAAACAUCCACAUUAUGGACAUGAAGAGACCUUAUGAAACUCUACACCAGCUUUCUAAGAAGUACGGGCCAGUGUAUAGUAUACAGAUAGGAGAGGAGAAAAUGGUGGUCCUGGCCGGAUAUGAGACGGUGAAAGAUGCCCUGGUAAACCACGCAGAUGAGUUUUCUGCAAGAGCAAAAGUGCCACUUUUCCAUGAGACAAUGAUGGGACAUGGAGUUAUUUUUUCUUAUGACGAAAACUGGAGAGUGAUGAGACGGUUCACUCUUUCAACUCUCCGAGACUUCGGGAUGGGGAAGGAAACAAUUGAAAACAAGAUUAAUGAUGAAAGUGAUUUUUUAGUGAAAGAGAUCAACACCUACAAAGGCAAACCGUUUGAUAAUACCAUGAUUAUAAACGCUGCUGUUUCCAAUAUAAUUGUUUCCAUAUUACUCAGCCAUCGAUUUGAUUAUGAGGAUCCGACACUCUUGAGGCUGUUAAAAAUGGUCAAUGAAAAUGUCAGAUUAGUUGGCAGCCCAAUGGCCAUGCUGUACAACGCAUUUCCCUCUGUGAUGAGCUGGUUUCCUGGAAUUCAGAAAACAUUGGCCAACAAUAGAGAUGAUAUCUUCCAAUUCGUAAGAGAGACUUUCACCGCCCAGAAGAAAGAAUUGGAUGCUAAUGACCAGCGGAAUCUUAUUGACAGGUUUCUGGUGAAACAGCAGGAGGAAAAGCCCAGUCCUGAACUGUAUUUCACCAAUGACAAUCUACUAGCGCUAGUGAUGGAUCUCUUUGGUGCUGGCAUGGAGACGACCUCCACCACUCUGAGAUGGGGCCUUCUGCUGAUGAUGAAAUACCCUGAAAUCCAAAGAAAAGUCCAAAAUGAGAUUGAAAAGGUUAUUGGUUCAUCGGAGCCUCAGGCUGCUCACCGUAAGGAUAUGCCCUAUACUGACGCUGUUAUUCAUGAGAUUCAAAGAUUUGGAAAUAUAGUUCCAAAUAAUCUCCCACAUGCUACUACUCAGGACGUCACAUUCCGAGGGUAUUUUAUCCCAAAGGGGACACAGGUAAUCCCACUGCUGACGUCAGUGCUUUUUGACAAGAAUUACUUUGAAAAAGCAGAAGUUUUUUACCCGGAACAUUUUCUGGAUGCUGGUGGCAAUUUUGUGAAGAAUGAAGCAUUCAUGCCUUUCUCAGCUGGUAAGAGAAGUUGUGCCGGUGAGAACUUGGCCAAAAUGGAGCUCUUCAUGUUCUUUGUGAAGCUGCUGCAGAACUUCACCUUCCAGGCUCCGCCGGGGGCCACACUGGACUUAACCCGUGCCGUUGGGUUGACAAGCCCUCCUGUGAGCCAUAUGAUUUGUGCUGUACCUCACACACCCCAGUCGCACACUGACUCCCUGCAUGUGGCUGGUCUGAGCAGAGUGAUCACUGUGCAGUGCACACAGGCCUGUCCCAGGGUAUACACCGGAAUAAAUUUUACAGACAUGAUCGCCAUGGACCCUGUCACAGUUCUUCUGUCCGUUGUGGUCAUUAUAUUUUUGGCCUAUGUCUUCAGCAAUCAAAACAACAAAUACAAGAAUAUGCCGCCGGGACCGAAGCAUUUGCCGAUCAUUGGAAAUAUGCUCACUAUCAACAUGUCAAAACCUCAUAAAUCCUUUAUAGAGCUGUCUAAGACGUACGGCCCAGUUUUCAGCGUCCAAUUGGGCAUGACAAAGAUGGUCAUUCUAUGUGGGUACGAAGCCAUCAAGGAUGCUCUAAUCAACCACGCGGAUGAAUUCUCUAACAGACCGCGCGCUCCAGUGCUUGCUAAACUAGGAAAAAAUAAUGGUCUUAUCUUCUCUAACGGGGAGAACUGGAAAGUGAUGAGACGAUUUACACUUUCAACGUUACGAGAUUUCGGGAUGGGGAAGAAAGGAAUAGAGAACAAGAUUACUGAAGAGGCCGAAUGUUUGACCAAGAUAUUUAAAUCCUAUGGAGGGAAACCCUUUAAUAAUCUGACCAUCGUUAACGCUGCUGUAGCCAAUAUAAUUGUGUCCAUACUACUCAGCCAUAGAUUUGAGUAUGAUGACCCGACCCUACUGCAGCUCAUGAGUUUAGUUAAUGAAAAUGUCAGACUCCUGGGAAGCCCUAUGAUCCGGCUGUACAAUGUUUUUCCAACUGUGAUGGACUGGCUGCCUGGUGUGCACACAAUCAUUUUUGAAAACAUUAAAAAGGUACAGACUUUUAUAAGAGCGACAUUUACAAAGCAGAAGGAGGAACUGGAUGUGAAUGACCAGAGGAAUCUGAUUGAUGCUUUCCUGGCUAAGCAGAUGGAGGGGAAACCAGAAUCCACUGAGUAUUACCACAAUGACAACCUGACUGUACUGGUGGGAAAUCUAUUUGCUGCUGGGAUGGAGACCACCUCAACUACUCUGAGAUGGGGCCUCCUGCUCAUGAUGAAAUACCCAGAGAUCCAAAAAAAGGUGCAAAAUGAAAUUGAGAGAGUGAUUGGAUCUGCUCAGCCUCAAAUAGAGCAUAGGAAGCAAUUGCCGUACACCGACGCCGUUGUUCAUGAAAUACAGAGGUUUGGUGAUAUCGUCCCUGGCAAUGUCCCUCACGCAACUUCCCAAGAUGUCACAUUCAGAGGAUAUUUCAUUCCAAAGGGAACCAUUGUGAUGCCAGUGCUGUCUUCCAUCCUGAAAAGUAAUGCCUACUUUGAGAAACCAGAGGAGUUUUACCCUGAACAUUUUCUCACCUCAGAAGGACAUUUCAAGAAGAAUGAAGCAUUCAUACCAUUCUCAAUGGGUAAAAGAAGCUGUGCUGGGGAAAACCUGGCUAAUAUGGAGCUGUUUCUGUUCUUCACAUCGCUGCUGCAGAACUUCACCUUCCAGGCUCCUCCCGGAGCUAAACUGGACCUGACAUCUGCAAUGGGUGUCACGAAUGCCCCACACCCUUAUGAAAUGUGUGCUAUACCCCGCAGCUAG